CCCUGAGACACCGUAGUACGAGCUCAUCCAAGCCAAGCCAAGCCAGUGCCAAUCCAUUGACGUAUCACGCCCGCGCAUUCUACUCACGCCCUCGACCGCUGUCCACGGCACGGAAAAGCUCUCACGCUCGCCACGCUCGCGAGAGCUUCUUUUUACCUCGAUGCAGAGGCGCUCGUCCGGGUCGUCCCAAGACAGUGCUGAUGCUUCUGUCAAGGCUUCCCGAAUCCGUGACAAUGCCACGUCCAAGAAAGUCUCAUCCACGACCCUUCGGCCUCACGACUCUCCCCCUCCAACGUCUGCACGAAACCGAAUUCCUAACGGCCAAUUGAACUGGCAGCAAUCCCAGUCACAGAAUGGUGCUAGCGAAAACGAAUCAGGGGCAUCUCCUCGUGCCGCCAAGACCUCGGGUGAUAUAAACACAGAUCACGACAAACCACCAUCGUUGAAGCUCAAAAGCCGCCAGUUUCAACCAAAAAGCCCCUGGGCCAUCUCAAUAUGGACCUUUUUCACCAGCAUUGUCGGCAUUGCUUUGCUGAUUUCGAUAGUAUAUUCUUCAGCUAAUCUCCAAUGCGACCCCAAAGGCUGUCGCAUGUCAUGGAUGAGUCCUUCAUUCAUCCACUUUUCCGAUUUCGAUACCGAGCAUACGAGAUUCGCAAGCAAAUACUCGUUGCAUCUAUAUCGCGAGCAGGGGAUAGAGAACCGGCCAAAGGUCAGGGGUAUUCCAGUGUUGUUCAUACCGGGCAAUGCCGGUAGCUAUAAACAAGUCCGGUCUAUUGCAUCUGAGUCGGCUCGCUACUUCCACGAGACUCUUCAGCCUAAUCUAGCAGCUUCAAAUUCCGGCGUUAAAGGUCUAGACUUCUUCACCGUCGAUUUUAACGAAGACUUCACAGCUUUCCAUGGUCAAACGAUGUUGGAUCAAGCCGAAUACGUCAACGAGGCGAUUCGAUAUAUCUUGUCCCUCUAUCUUGACCCGCAGAAGUCUGAACGAGAUCCUAAUCUUCCCGAUCCUUCAUCCGUCAUCAUCCUAGGCCAUUCUAUGGGUGGUAUCGUUGCCCGUACCGCAUUCGUCAUGCCGAACUUCCAAGCUCACUCUAUUAACUCGAUUGUCACCAUGUCUGCUCCGCAUGCGAGACCGCCGGUGACUUUCGAUCCACUGAUAGUAAAGAUAUACCAAGAUAUCAACGACCAUUGGCGACAUGCUUAUUCGACGAAGUCGGUCAUGGAGAAUUCCCUGGCCGAUGUUACUCUCGUAUCUAUUGCAGGUGGCGGAUUAGACACUGUAGUUCCGUCAGACUAUGCGAGCCUAGAAUCAAUCGUGCCCGAAACCCAUGGCUUCACAGUAUUCACGUCAACAAUUCCAACCGUGUGGACUAGUAUGGAUCACCUGGCUAUCACGUGGUGCGACCAGUUUCGAAAAGUUAUUGUUAGGGCUCUGUACGAUAUCGUGGACAGCCGCGAUAAAUCACAGACGAAACCCCGGGCAGAUCGAAUGAAGCAUUUGAAGAGCAGGUUUUUAACUGGAUUGGAGCCAAGUGCUGGAACAGCUUGGGGAGAAGCGUAUCCGACCAUUCUUUUAACUGUGGGGGAUGAUUCUAGCAACAUUGAUACUCGCGAGCGGUUUGUGCUCCGCAACCUUGGAACAAACAGGGGAUCGAAGGUUCAUCUACUACCCGUCCAAUCGAGCGAGCUUCCAAGGGGUGGAAGAUUUACUCUACUCUCUAAUCGUGAGCUUGACUAUCCUGGGGAAGACGCUAAGCUGGAAGUUCUGCUCUGUGGUGUCUAUCCAUCGCAAACAGGUCAAGCGAGUAUGCCAUUCUUAACAGAUAUAGACAUGUCUGGUGAUAGCAGUACUUCGACUCGUCUAGCAUGCAAAAGUGCUGCGCAGGAUGCUAUAGCCUUGCCAGCAUCUACGCGCGAUACGAAGACCCCGUUUUUCUUAGAAGGCGAACAACAAAUCCCACCAUUUUCAUAUCUCCAAUAUGAAGCCGAUAGACUCCGAGAUUAUCAAUUUAUUGCCAUUGUGGACAGGUCGGAAGCUCUAACCUCGGAUUGGAUUAUUGCAGAAUUUGGGGAUGCAUCCGACUCCCAUCUAACACAAUCAAUUAGCAUUAGAGAACUUGUCAUAAGUGGCUUGCAAUUUGAACUCUCCCCUGACCGGCCGAUGGUUGUUGAUAUUCGAAUCCCGUCCAUUCAGAGCAGCCUGCUGGCAUAUCACAUGGAACUGAAGGAGGAGGUAAAUGGCGAACCGAAAGAACUAUUUCGCCCUCUUGUACGACAAUACUUGGCUAGGCCUUAUGAAUCGAAAUACUUCGUGGAUGCUAAGGAAAUUGACGUCAGCCUCCAUGGAGUGUCACCAUUCGUUCCCCCACCCUUAGAUGCCAGCCAAAACGAUAAUGGCCUGGGUAUUCAGCUAUGGACAGAUCCUACCCGACAAUCUAGCAUUUCGAUUCGGCUCACGAUUGAUCCAAUUGGUAGUCUAGGAAAACUCUACAUGCGGUAUCGGACUGUUUUCGCGUCUUUCCCACAGCUCGUUGUAGGGCUAGUUCUACGGAAGCAAUUCCGUAUUUACGACAACACCGGCACAUUUAUACCAUUUUCUGAGAGCCUUGGAAGCUGUCUCCAACGGUCACUACCAAUGCUCCUCUUGUCGAUGACUUUUCUAUCACUGUCAAUCGGCCAGUCUGGAUCGAUGGACCACAGAGCCAUUUGGUCAUGGUGGAGUAACACAUCGAGCACUGACCUAGUACAGAAUGGUUUAUUGGUAGGGACAACAGACCCAUUCUUCUGGUUUCUGAUUCCCAUGAUAGGGGUCGUGUGUGUUGGUGUCUGCGUAGUCUUUCACUACAUAGCACUUGUCCUUCUCGAGUUCCUGAGCAUCAUCUACGGUUGGGUUUUCAGUCCCAAAGUACCAAACGACGACAAAAAGAAUGCGUCGGCCUCGAAACUAGUUCUAGCACCCGUCUUUACGCCAUAUUCACCGCGCAGACGAUUGCUCACUACGAGUAUCAUGGUAUUCUUAGUCUCCACAAUCAUCCCAUACCAAUCUGCGUACGCCGUAGCUUGCCUCGUACAACUCUUCACCAAUGUGCGAGCGCAUUAUGUCGCCCGAGUAAAUCCCUCCGUCGCCCACAUCAAUUUCAGGAAUUACGUACAUACCAUAUUCCUCCUGAUGCUAUGGAAUUUGCCCAUCAACCUCCCGACAGUUGUGGUGUGGGUACGGAACUUGGCCAUAAAUUGGUUUACCCCGUUCUCGUCCCAGCACAAUGUGUUAUCAAUCCUGCCUUUCAUCUUACUCGUUGAAAACCUCACAGCCGGUAGGAUGAUCCCCGCCGUCACAAGUCGACUGCGCCACCUCACGAAUGUGCUCUUCUUCGCUACAGCAGUGUAUGCGGCUGUCUACGGUGUAUCAUAUGCGUAUGUGCUGCACUAUUUGGUGAAUCUCAUUGCGGCGUGGCUUGUGGCUAUACAUGCCACGGCUGAUUCUUGGGCUAUUGCUGGCAUCAAGUCGCUUUUGGUCGAAGACUCGCCUAGUACGAGCGAUUGUAAGCAGAGCAAGAAGCGGUAAACGGAUGGGCUUCGGUUGAUCGAGUUCAAUAGCCAAUUAGCUGGGGAAGAAGCAUUGAGGCAAGAAUCCUCUUCAAACGAGAUACUCUACACCACUUCAAACUUUCGCUUGGAAGGGGACAAAAAAUGUCACCUAUUACCCUCCCUCUCUCUCUAAAUCCAUCCUUGCACAACACAUUUCACAUCGCAACCAUUUUUCUUGUUCCUUGUCUUUUUUAACUUGCAUCGCAACAAACAUGGGCCGGCGUUUACAUUGGGCGGUUCUAAGGCGAAAUUAUUGGCUAGAGGUGAACUGGAUGGGUCUUGUCUUAUUUAUUGUUGUUUUUU